AUGUCCGGCUCGACCAAUCUCGAGAACAAACACCCGGUCACGGGCAUCAAAACUACACCUGAUGAUGGCCUUCAGUAUGUUCGCAAGGACAUCGACGACUGGUAUAACGAGCAAAUCAAGAAACCACCAGUCGUAAUCAAAGAAGACAACAGCAGGGUUCAGCUCACCCUGUUCAUGCGGGCUUUAGAAAUCCUUCAAUGCCGCGACGUGGACGAUGAAGUGUCUUAUUUCCGCUUGGCUGGUAUUCAUGGUGCUCCCUUCUGUGAAUGGGGCGGCGAAAGCCCCGUCAAGGGCGACGGCUUCUGUGUUCACGGCGACUACACCUUUCCUACUUGGCAUCGGGUGUACGUGGCUCUUUAUGAGCAAGAACUGCAUAAAGCAAUGAAGGAGUUCAUCACAUCCGACAAAGUCCCUGAGAAGUUCAAAAAACAAUGGGAGCGAGAGGCCGAUGAAUGGCGCCUGCCAUAUUGGGAUUUCGCUCGCAAUGUGUCUCAUGCCAAUGUUGCUACUGCUCCUGAUUUGGGUGACACUUACAGCGACAAGUUCCGACUUCCAAUUCUCUGCAUGAUGCCAAGUGUUAGAAUAGUUGCAUUUGACGGAGACGCGCCGUAUCUCGAAAGGAUAGAUAACCCCUUGUAUAAAUACGAGUCUUCAAAACCGAUGGGCGAGCUUCCGGAGAAAUACAGGAUCGAGAAAGAGAAACAACAUGCGGAUCCGAAAAAAGAAACCCCAGAGUUUUUUUAUCCUUGGGAUAAAUGUACCGCAACCACCAAGUACGGUAUCCUGGACUCCUUCCACGAAGACAUCUGGGCCGAUGGGGGGCAGAACUGGCUACGAGCGAACUUUGCUUUAAACGAGCACUGCAACAAGGAGUUGCUCCCUAAAUGCACGCCAGUCCCUACAUUGCAGGACAAGGUCUUUCGGUUGUUCCAGACCGAGCUUAAAAGCUGGGGAGCGUUUGCAACCACUAAGUACCCCAAAGAAGAGAAUGCGAAGGAAGCAAACUCCGUGGAGUCGGUUCACAAUAACGUCCAUAACUUUGUUGGAGGCUCCAGCUUUAUCCGUCCCGACGGUAAUAAUAUCCAUCUUUGGGGCGCUGGCCACAUGUCAAGCACUACUGUGGCAGCUUUUGACCCAAUCUUUUGGCUUCACCAUUGCAAUAUUGACCGGUUGACGGCCAUUUGGCAGGCGUUGAACGGAAGUGGCGGUCAAAAUGAAAAUGGAGAUCACAAAAAAUGGUUUGACGACGAAUAUAGUGCAAAAGCACGAUACAACGACCUGACACCAUUCCGCAAGCCCGAUGGACAAUUUUACAAAUCAGACGAUGUUGAAAAAUGGCGUGACCUGAACUAUGAUUACGGCAUCUUGCAGGAUGACCAGACAGGAACAAAGAAAAAGCCCGCUGACAGGGAAACUAUUAUCAACAGAGUGUGCGAGCUAUACGGAGACCACGUCCGAGAUCUGUAUGCCCGCAUCCCUGACUCCAAUAACAAGACCGACGAUGAGAAGGAACGAGAUGAUUAUGUCAUUACCGUCGUCUACAACAAAUACGCUUUAUGUGGAGCACCCUAUACCAUCAAUGUCUUUUUGGGCGAAGUAUCCGCAGGUUCAUACAGUGGACCGGGAUCACAGGGAUUUGUCGGCAGUAUCUACAACUUUAGCGGUUCUCUGGAAAACUGCCCAAACUGCAAGAAGCAGGCCGAGGAAGGUGUGAAACAUAUUGCACAAGUUCCUGCUACCAUCGCUGCUCGGCACUUCAUCCGGAACAACCUUGAAGUACCACAGCCCAGAUACGUAGCAUUGAACACCUUGGGAAAGCCUGUAUCCAUGGACGUCGAGAUCAAGCUUCACAAGGCUAACAGAUCGUACUACAAACACCCCGUGCGACCAGACCCGAGGGACCCUUUGAGCUACAUGCCUAUCAAGAAUGGAAAACAAGCAGAAAUUGUUCCCUCUGCUUAG